AUGGAGUCGGAUUUGAAAUCUCUUUUUCUCUGUAGUUUUUCUCUGUUAUUUUUAAUGUUGGUGAAUGCCGAUGAUCCAACUGAUGUCUGCACUCAAAUUAAUUCCUGUUCGUGUCAGAAUUCUAAAGGAGUGAUAGAUUUGAGUCCGUUAGCUCUCUCUGGAGGAGACCCUAAGUUUAAAGAUCAGCAGGAUUCAUCCGGAAAUUAUUAUUACUCCUGGAACCCCUGUAACCCAUUUACAGAAGACCCAACCUCAUGUUCCGGUGUUAUGGGUUGCCAAACGGAUAUGACCAACUAUUUCAGCUUGGGUACACCGGAUAGUGCUAAAUUUACUACCGACACAUCAAAGGGGCUGAUAUUGCAGUAUUCUGCCACCACCGACGCCACGAGGACGCUGGAUGUCAUAUUGAAAUGUGAUGAAAGCAAAGAAGCCAGUUUGGCCGUGGCUGGUGAAAAUCCUCCAGGGAGUGCAACUUAUGAAAUGACGUUAACCAGUAAGUACGCAUGCCCAUCAGCUGGUGGAGGGCCGACCAUUACUGUGGGUUUAUCUACUGGUUCAUAUAUCACCAUCAUAUUUUUCGCAGUAUUUGUAGUAUACUUCAUUGCUGGGGUACUCUUUCAAAAAUUUGCUCGACACGCCAGUGGAAAGGAAAUUACGCCAAAUUUAUCUUUCUGGUCGGCGUUACCCGGAUUAAUAAAGGACGGUGUAUUAUUUACAGUUAAAUGUGGAAAAGGCAAAAGUUCAUAUGAUAAUAUUUAA